UUCAGGUAGCGGUUUCUUUUUAAUAAACCGCUACUUCAAGUAGCGGUUUUUGUUUAAUAAACCGCUACUUCAAGUAGCGGUUUUCUAGCAGGUAUAAUUUCCUGAUUUCACUUUCCUCUUUCAUUUUCGUCUUCUCACCAAAAUCCCAUCCACGCCUUCCACCAAAAUCACACCUCCUUCAACGGAAGCCGGCGCAGCCAAGGAAUCCACCGACGCCGCCGGAGCAUUCCUCAGCAACGAAGGCCGCCGCUGUUGACGCCGAGGGUUCGACUUUAGUGGUCGGCUUCGCUAAUUUCAGAAGAAACGUGCUGAUCUUCUUGUUUGUGAAUGAAACAUGGAGGUUCCGAACUACCCUCUAUAUUGCUAUUGGGGUGGAGAAAUUGUCCACAAAGAUAGCGAUAUAACGUAUAGGGGUGGGAAUCAAAAAUUUGUGUUUGUACAUUCUGCGAUGACAUAUUCACAAGUUCUGAACAAGCUAUAUGAAGAAUUGAGUGUUGAUCCUAGAGGUGUGGAGUUGAAGGUGGUUAUGCGUUAUCCUAUGGCUGGGGCAUAUGUUGCAAUUCCGUUAAAUGACGACAACGCUGUUAGAGCUAUGUGGAUUGCUGUGACUCAGAGUUCUUCUGUUGCAAUGCAAUUGUUCAUUGAACAAGUUCCAAAGGAGCCAGUUGUGCAAACUAACACUGGUUCCUUUCCGGGGAUGGAUUUUUUUGGUAGUGUGGAUCAACCGUUUUCCACUGGUGUUCAAAGUGUGGGCAUAGGGUCAUUCACAAGAAUGCUUGUUGAUCCACAUUAUGUCAAUGACCAUCUCUCACAGUUUAGGUCUCCGGCCUCAUCGCCUAAUGUUGGAACCUCGACAAGCACACAACCACAAGGCAUUCUUGAUUCUCUUGACCCAAACAAUGUUGAUGUAUUUGGCGAUGCAGAGAUGAAUGACACUGAUGAAGAUGAUGAUGAAGAGGUAAUUGAAGCUCGUGAUAAGGCAAUUAAAGGAAGCGCCCCCACUUCAGACUUCAAUGAAGUGGCGCAAGUUGAUCCUCGUUUGAAUAACUCAUGGAUGUCUUGGUUAGGAAAUGAGACAUAUAACAAUGGGGGAGAAUUUGAGGUUGGUCAGCAGUUUGACUCAUUGCAACAACUGAAAGAUGCUGUGAAAUCUUACUCCAUAGCUAGAAAUCAAACAAUUCGAGUUGUGGAGGCAGAGCCAGAGAAAUAUGUUGUUGAGUGCAAGAGGAAAGAACAAUGUAGUUGUUCGUGGAGGCUUAAAGGAGUAACUGUGUUGGUGACAAUCGACUCGGGAGAUCAUAAGCUACUGACUUCCGAGUUCGUUUGCAAUGCUCUUCUAGAUGUCAUUCGCGUUGAUCCUUCAUUGAAAAUCAAGACAAUGGUGCAACUUGUGAAAGAGAAAUUUGAUGGAUUCCAAAUAACCUACAAGAGAGCAUGGCUAGCGAAACAAAAGGCAAUAAAACUCAUUUAUGGGGAUUGGGAGGGUUCAUAUGAACAGUUGCCUAAGUACAUGCAAGCUCUCAAGGAAUCAAAUCCUGGAACUGUUGUUGAGUGGAGGUUGUUAGAGUGUACGGUUCCUGGAACACAUGUUUUUCAACGAGUCUUUUGGGCAUUCAAGCCAUGUAUUGAUGGAUUCCGUCACUGCAGACCCCUUAUCACCAUUGAUGGCACUCAUUUAUAUGGCAAAUACAAAGGCACUCUACUCAUUGCUAUGGGAACGGAUGCCAAUUUUCAAAUAUUCCCCCUUGCUUUUGCGGUUGUCGAAGGAGAGAACAAUGAUAGUUGGUCUUGGUUCAUGACUUGUAUUCGUGCUCGAGUUACAGAUAGGAAAGGGCUAUGUGUGAUAUCUGACAGACAUGCUGGUAUUUUAGCAGCAAUGGAAGAAGUUGGAAGUGGUUGGGAGGAGCCCAAUGCCUACCACAAGUACUGUACACGACACUUGGCUUCUAAUGUGAACUCAAAAUCUAAAAGUGUCGUCAUAAAGAACCUCUUUGGCAAAGCAGCUACUGCAAGGCAGAAGAAGAAGUUUGAUUACUACAUCAACAAAAUUGGUGACUUGAAUGUAGAGGCCCGUAGGUACUUGAUGGAAAUUCCGUACAGUAAGUGGUCCAUUCAUCAUGAUGGUGGUUUCAGGUUUGGUGUGAAGACUACAAACAUGUCGGAAGUUUUCAACGGAGUCUUAAAGGGGGCUCGAUGUCUCCCGAUAACCGCUUUAGUGCAAAUGACCUUUUUCCGGGUUAACUCCUAUUUUGCAACUAGAAGAAGUUGGAGUAAAAGAAGACUUGAAGAGGGCCAUGAGUUAUCGGAAAAGGCUAAGAAGACAAUAGAAGCCAACAUGGAGAAAGCCACGCACCAUGAGGUUGUUGCUUUUGACUAUGAUGCCAUCGGGUUGUAUCAGGUUAGGACCGGUCGUGGAAGAAGAAAAGCUGGUAAAGGUGGUAACUCCCACACUGUGAAUCUGUUGAGCAAGACAUGUACUUGUGAGAAAUUGAGAAUAUACAAGCUCCCAUGCUCUCAUGUACUAGCAGUUUGUCGUCAUAGAAGCCUAUCACAUGCAGACUUUGUGGAUUCUUUUUUCAUGACCGCCGAAUAUAGGCGUUCAUACGCAAAGUGUUUCGCACCAGUUCCUGAUCCUUGCCACUGGUCAGCUUACAAUGGUCCUACUACUAUUGCCAACCCAGAUUUGAAAAGAGGCCCAGGCCGACGGUCCACUAGAAUUCGAAAUGAAAUGGAUGAGCGUCCCUAUCGUGUGAAGAAGGCAUGCAGUGUUUGUCGGCGACCUGGGCAUAACAAGAAGACAUGUCCUACUCUUAUUGGUGGAUUUGGAUCAUCUGGGUCCCAUGGAGCCGGUGAUUCGUCCAGGUCCAGUUGAUCCAUCUGUUCUACGCUUGCAGACUUCCCAUAGGAGCCACGAUGUUUGGAGUGGCGUAGCUGAUAGAGUUCUCUCAGUUAGGGAGCAUAUGGUCAGCGUGGGACGUGAGUGGAGGGUAGAUGGCGGAGUACUAGAGUACGUUAGGCUUGCUGGGUUUUACGGUGUACAUAGGAUUUUGGGAGGAGGGUUUUUGCUUGAUCGAUCUCUUCUUACGGCGUUGGUUGAGAGGUGGAGGCAGGAGACACAUACUUUCCACCUAGUGGUAGGUGAGGCCACCAUUACUUUACAGGAUGUCUCCGUCCUGUUAGGUCUGAGAGUGCACGGCCCUCCUUUCAUUGGACCUCCAUUUGAGG